AUGGGAUCCAUCCCAGAAGUUCUGAACGUUGAUGCCCUUGUCGUUGGAGCUGGCGUCGCCGGAAUUUACUCCACCUAUCGGCUCUCACGCGCCGGCCUCAAUGUCCAGUGCAUCGACAUGGCUGGUGAUGUCGGCGGCACCUGGUACUGGAAUACAUACCCAGGUGCCAUGAGCGACACCGAAACAUACCUCUAUCGCUUUUCAUGGGAUAAGGAAGAUCUUCGUUCUUAUCCCUGGUCCAACCACUACAUCUACCAGCCCGAGAUCCUCGAAUAUCUACGCCACGUCGUCGAGCGCCAUGAUCUCCGCAAGUAUAUGCGAUUCAAUACUGAGAUGGAAAAGGCUAGCUGGGAUGACCAAAAGAACCUCUGGGUCAUCUCUUGCUCUGGGGGCCUCGUUAUCCACGCUCGUUAUUUGGUCAACUGUCUGGGCCUCCUCUCUAAGCCCAACUACCCCGACAUCCUGGGCAUCUCAUCCUUCGUCGGUGACCUCAUCCAUACGGCCAAAUGGGACCACACAGUCGAGCUGCAAGGAAAGACGGUUGGCAUCAUUGGGAACGGGUCUACGGGCGUUCAGGUCAUGACGGCCAUCGCCCCCAAAGUCGGUCGUUUGGUCUCCUUCCAGCGACAUCCCCAGUACUCGGUGCCUAGCGGACAGGGCCCUAUUCCCACUGGCUAUCGCGAAAAGAUUAACCAAAAGUACGACCAGAUCUGGAAGGACGUCUGGGCGUCGUCCACCGCGUUUGGAGUGCCAGAGGUAACAAGAAAGACCAUGGAAGCCACGCCCGAAGAACGUCGACAGGGUUUCCAAGACGUCUGGGACCAAGGAAAUGGCUUCCGGUUUAUGUUCAGCGCAUUUGGUGAUCUGACGACAAACCUCGAAGCCAACGAAGAAGCCUGCAAGUUCCUGCGCAGUAAGAUUGACGAGAUAGUCAAGGAUCCGCGCAAGGCCAAUGCCCUCAAGCCACAUGACCUCUAUGCCCGAAGGCCACUUUGCGAUACAGGCUAUUACCAAAUAUUUAACCGCGACAAUGUGGAUAUUGUCGACCUUCGGGAAACAUCCAUUGAGAGAAUUGCCCCGGAAGGGAUCAAGACAGCCGAUGGCAACUUGCACCGUCUUGAUGUGCUCAUUUUCGCGACGGGAUUCGACGCCAUUGAAGGCAACUAUCUUCGCAUCCAGAUCACCGGCAGGGAUGGCAAAUCGAUUCAGAAACAUUGGGAAGCAGGACCUACAGCUUACGGCGCCGUGGCCUGCUCUGGGUUUCCCAACAUGUUUCUCGUCUCCGGGCCGCAAGGCGCGUUUGCAAAUUUCCCAGUGGUUAUCGAGAGCGAGAUUGACUUCAUCACCGAGUGCAUCCUCCACUCGGAAAAGAAGGAGUCCCGUCGGGUCGAGGUGUCAGCCAAGGCCGAGCAGCAGUGGAGCGAGCUGUGCGACCAGCUUGUCGAGGGGUCGCUGUUCAAGACGACUGCAAGCUGGAUCUUUGGCUCUAAUGUCGAGGGACGCAAGUCGAGCACUAAGUUUUACUUUGGAGGGUUGAAUCGCUAUCGUGAGUGGACUGGGAAGGAGGCUGCUGCUGGUUUUCCCGACUUUUCGUGA